CUUCACAACGUCCUCUCCACUCCAUGAAAGAAAAAAAAGAAAGAAAGAAAAUAAAUAGAAAAGGAAAAAAAAAUCCCCUCUCUCUCUCUGUUCAUCUUUAUCAAAAUCACACCUUUUCUCUUUCGAUCAAAUCAAACCGACUUUCUCUUCGAUUCACAAAAACAAAAGAAAUCUCAGUCUUUGAAUGUGCUUGAAUUUCACAAACAUAACUCGGUUGGGAUCUGAACCAUAAAUUCAAUUCAAGAAAAAUGUCAUCUCCAAGUAAGAGGAGGGAUAUGGAUGUCAUGAAGUUGAUGAUGAGUGACUAUGCUGUGGAGACAAUCAACGAUGGGCUUAGUGAAUUCAAUGUGGAGUUCCAUGGUCCGAAAGAAAGUCUUUAUGAAGGUGGAGUAUGGAAAAUUCGUGUAGAGUUGCCAGAUGCUUAUCCAUACAAGUCUCCUUCUAUUGGAUUCUUGAACAAAAUAUUUCACCCCAAUGUUGACGAAUUGUCUGGUUCUGUUUGCUUAGAUGUUAUCAAUCAAUCUUGGAGUCCAAUGUUUGAUCUUCUAAAUGUUUUUGAAAGUUUCCUCCCACAACUCUUGCUUUAUCCUAAUCCAUCUGACCCAUUAAAUGGCGACGCAGCAUCUUUAAUGAUGAAGGACAAGCAGCAAUAUGAUCAAAAAGUGAAAGAGUACUGUGAACGUUAUGCAAAAAGGGAAAACAUUUCGAAUAAUACUGCUGAAGAGAGUAGCGACGAGGACAUCAGUGACGAUGAAAACAGUAUGGACUCGAGUGAUGACGAUGUUGCAGGAAAGGCAGACCUGUAAGGAUUAUGGUGGCGCCAUUACCAUAUUUGAAAUCUUGAUUUCAAGUUUUCAAGCUUUUUACUAAUCUAUUUAUCUUUUAUUUGUAUAACGAUGACAUUCAUUAAUUGUAACAUUAGUAGGAACACACUGUGGAUUUGCAUGAGUAGGAUAAAGGAAAAUGAAGAACAAAACAGGGCAUAGAUCAAAACUGACUUGAGUGAAUGAAAAUAUUCAUACUUGGGUCACUUGAAUUUGUGUUACUUUCUUGUGUAAUUAGAUUUUCCUUUGAAUUCCCUCUAUAGCUGUAAAACUCAAGGUCUCAGUGUAUAUGGCGCACGAGUUCAUUA